AGGUAAGAUUAAAAUAAUUUCUUUCGAGUCAGUCGAAAUUAUGCUAAUUUGACAUUUUAAGCUAGCUAUGUUACAUUCCGAGGGAUCCGUGAACGCCAACGUAUAAAUAACAUCAACCUCAUCUGUCAGUAUUCGCUGUCAUUAUGUCCACAGUGACGAACCAUAAUAACUUCUGUAUGACAAUUAUCUCAGCUGAGUCGACGCUUCUCGUUGUGUGACACGAUGGUCUGAGAAGGGCUAAGUGCGUCUGAAGGUGUUGAUUUGAAAUCUAUUGAAUAAGGGAACAUGGGAUGCUGUGUCUCGAAAGGGAGGCCUGUCCGAAGUUCUUCAGAGGACGAUCUCGAAGCAGGACAACAAAAUCUGACUCUAAGUAAUAAAGAAGCAAGUCAGACAUCCCUGCAACUAGCAGCUGAUAUGCCACAUGCAGCUCAGGAACUAAAAGCAUCUAGUGAGGAGUUUCAUCUUUCUUUACCUCAAUAUGAAACACCUGAACAUGAACUGCAUAAAAAAGCUGUUCCUGGAUCAAGUAGUUCCCUGGAUGAGUUAUGUGGGAGGACAAAAAGUAAAGCCGACAAAGAGGAGCGGUUCUCGAAGAUUAGUAAAAAAUUAUUUGGUAAGAAAGAAAGAGAAGCACCCAAAAAGGAUGAUCAAGUUUCAAAAUCAGCUGAAAAUAUGCUUAAUGGGAAGAAGGAUGCAGUGGAAGAAACAGAUGUUGAUAUUGAAAUUUGUCCAAUCGACCAUAUGCCAGACAAUGAAGAACCAGAUAUCGAUAUUUAUCCCCUUGAUGAUGAUGGAAAACCUGAUACAGUCAAUGGGGCUGAAAAUCAUUUCAUUAAUGGUCUAAUCGAUCCACAUGCUUCUGCAGAUCUGGAAACUCAAAGUGAUGUUGAUGGAAAAGAAGUUGUGAAUUCUGCAGCAAAUCAAAGAACAGUAACUGUUAAUGAUGAGGAUGCUGAAGUUGAAAAAUCAGCAGGAAAACAGCUCAUCUUGGAUGAUGUAUACCAUCAGGUUUUAUCAGGAAACAUGAGUGUGACAGUUCCUAAUUCAGCCAAGAUAGUGAGAAUAUUCACCAGUUCCACUUUUACAGAUGCAAGAGUUGAGCGCAAUGCACUGAUGAGCCAAGUUUAUCCAAAACUGAGAGACUUCUGUCAUGAGAAAGGUUAUGAGUUUCAGGUGGUAGACAUGCGCUGGGGUAUUCAUGAUCCAUGCACUGAUGACCACAUGUUCAGUGAGGUUUCAUUAGAGGAGCUCAAUCUUUGCCAGGAGCUUUCUACUGGUCCCAACUUUGUGACAUUUUUGAGUCAUAAGUACGGUUAUCGUCCUUUUCCUCGUACCAUUUCUGCCUCUGAGUUUGACUCCUUGUUUGCUGCAAUUGAAGAUGAAGACGACAAGCGACUGUUACAAGUUUGGUUCAAGCUUGAUGACAACGCCAUCCCACCGGAGUAUGUCCUUCAACCAAUCAGCAGCCAGUUUCCAGACUUCCUCGAUCCUCCCACCAUGGAAGCCAGGCAACACGCUCUUAAGGAAUGGUGGGAUGUAUUCCUCAGCCUGCAGAAUGCCCUGCGGAAGGCAGCUACAAAGACGCUGCCUGAAGAUGCAGCACAUAAGUACUUACAGUCAGACUCAGAAGAGGAGAUAAAGCAGGGCAUUAUAGAAAGGAAUUUGUCAAGCUUACAGGCAUUUUGGUUCAAACGCAACAUCACAGACAUGAAAGAGAACCUCAACAAUCCUCGCGCAGCGAAGUAUGUCGACGUCGAAGAACUUCCACCGAAACUGCGUGGUAGAGGAGAAGUGAAAGGGUUGGACAAGUCCACAAAGGCUAUUCUAAAAUUACUGAAAGAAAAUCAAAUCCCCAAAGCAAUUGAUGAUAACAAUAUAGCUUCGUAUAACAUUAAGUGGGGAGAAAAAGGUGUCGAUCCUCACUCGAAUGAGAAACACGCCCAAUACAUUAAAAAACUGUGUCAAGACUACCAUGAAAAGAUGAAGAAAAGCAUUGAAGAAGCUGUCAAAAAGAAGAGAAAUACUAAAUGGGACGAUGGGGUGCUUGAAGAAGUUGCACAGCAUCAAAUAAACUGUAAAAAGCUUUCCUCCUCCUCCUCUUGUAUUCCUAGUAAAGUGCUUGAUGGCAUCAAGGACUACAUUACAGGACAAAUCAAUUCUCCCUUAGUUAUUCAUGGAAAGCAAGGUUCUGGUAAGACAUCUUUGAUUGCAAUGGCGGCUAAUUCGUGUCAGACGUGGAAUGGAGGUGAAGUGGCAACUGUGGUGCGUUUCCUUGGCACUACUCAUCAGUCCUGUAAAGUGCACUCACUUUUACGAAGCAUUUGCCAUCAACUUUGUUUGGUUUAUAAAGCUGAUUCCAAGAACGUUCCACAGGACUAUCAAAAUUUAGUGAAAGAAUUCCAUGUCCUGCUUCAAAGAGCCUCCCAAUCUCAACCAUUGGUGUUGUUGUUGGAUUCACUGGAUCAACUUCGGAGUUACAGUAUCAAGCGAGAGUUGUCAUGGCUACCAAAUAAGCUGCCUCCGCACGUAAAGAUUGUCCUCACGUGUUUGACGGGAGACCAGGCCUUUGCCUGCCUUAAGGGCAUUGUCGUUGAUGACAGCCAUUUCGUUGAGAUCCAAGAGAUGACUGAUAGCGAAAUGGUGGACAUCAUGAAAUUAUGUUUACAAAGCAACAACAGGAAGCUGACUGAAUCACAAGAAAGCUUCGUGCUAAAGCAAGUCUCUAACUGUCGAUCUCAGCUUUACCUAAAGCUCGCCCUGGAACAGGCUCUCACGUGGAAAUCAUAUACUGCUUUGGCAGAAGUAAGUCUCAGUGCUUCAGUGAGGGAGAUGAUCAUCUCCUUGUUCGAAUAUCUGGAGGUUAAACACGGAAAGGAGAUAUUCCAACACACUGCUGCGUACAUAACCGCUUCUAAGAGAGGAAUAAGCGAAGCGGAAUUGGAAGAUAUCUUGUCUUGUGAUGAGGUCGUGUUGGAUAAACUAUUUUCAAGCUGGGCUCCACCAAUUCGACGUCUUCCUUUGUCACUUUGGCUACUCAUCAAAGCUGAUAUAGGCCGCUUCCUUGUUGCUCACGUUGAAAAUGGAGUCCGUUUGAUCACUUGGGCCCAUCAGGAGUUUCAUGACAUUUCCAUGGAGAAAUUCCUGUUCUCCGAUGAUAAGGACCUUUACCGCUUUCAUUCAGAGCUAGCAGAUUAUUUUAUCGGUCGAUGGACUCAAGGUGCGAAGAAAGGAGACGGGAAAGGGAACGUGAAAGAACGCUAUCUUCCUCGUCAGCCACUUCAGUUUGCCAAUGAUGUGUUCAACUACAGAAAGUUGAAGGAACUCCCUUUUCACUUGUUGAAAUCUGACGAUUUUGAGAGGCUCAAACAAAGCGCCCUCUGUAACUUUGAAUUUCUGUCAGUUAAACUGAAAGCUACCUCGGUUCAUGACGUUAUUGACGACUUUAUUGAGGCUCUGGCUGUCAGACCAGACGACCCAGAUUUAAAGCUUGUUUUUGAGACAUUGCAACUUUCCAUGGAAGCCUUGAACGUGUCUACAGACCAGUUGUCGUCACAGCUCAUUGGACGUUUAUCCUCUUCUCGUUCCCCAUCUCCGUUCAUUGCUCGACUUCUACGUCAAGCUCAUCACCCUUCCAAUCCAGCCCUAAUUCCCAACAUCCGUUGUCUUGCACGACCAGGUGGAAAACUGGUACACUCAUUGCCAGGUCUUCACGGAUCUCUCGUCCUCAGCCAGAAUGGCGACAAAGCCAUGAAUGGAUCUCAUGACCAGCUUAUCACCCUGUGGAACGUGAAGAGUGGCGAGGUAGAAAAAACUUUGGAUACAUCCAGACCUAUUGGCUAUGUGGACUUCUGCCUUGAUGAACAGUUUGCAAUUGCAUCUUGUCAAGGAUCACUGCAAUUUUGGAAUCUUAACAAAGCACAUAUGGUUUGGGAAAUCCCUAGCACGGAAACACCUGCUCCAAUUACAGUUGCUGGAAUCCGUGACACUUUGGUGGCGAUUCUAGAUAGGGUCAUCAAGUUUGUAAACCUGAGCGAUGGAACACUCACGAGGGAUUUUGUGGAUAAGAAGUUCCUUCAUGACAGAAUUGCUGGCCUUGGAAAUAGCGUUGCCUUCGCAAGCUCCACGGCGGCCUACACCAGAGUCUAUGAUCUCAAUACGAAGGAAAUUCGUCUGUCUAUCAAGGUGUCUGGGGAAGUUUCGGAGGAUGUUGUGAACAACCUGAUUCUUACUUCAUUCUACGGGGGUCAACUCAUUGUGUCUUUCGAGAAGUCUAGUAGUGUGCGAGUGUUUGAGUUGAACACUGGAAAGUGUCUUCACGUUCUAGGACCAGAUAUUCUUUACCCUACUGUAACUAAGAAUGGGCGCUAUAUGUUGUGCACCAACAAUUUCAAUGACAUUGCAAUCUGGAACUUGGAAACAGGUAUCAAGGAGAAGCAGGUGCUGAAGCAUCCCCCAACGACUGCCAUUGUGAGAGUUUCCUGUGUUGAUUUGAGGACAGUCUUGACAGUGUCCGAUGACCUAAUGGCACGUGUAUGGGAUUUGGAAACCCAGGAAGGUUCUGAAGCCUGCUUUGAGGACAACAAAGAGACGAACAGCAUCCAGCAGUUAAUACCGAUUAAAAGCAGUGUUCAAAAGCAAGUAAUCACCAAGUCAAAGACUACCGGUCCCAUCUGUGUGUGGAAUUUGAGUUCAUGUCAGAUAAUUCGAACCUUGAAUAACACUAAUGCAGAUGAAAUUCUAGUUGUCGACGACACUCGCGCUGUCAUACGUUGUGGAACUAAACUUGCAAUAAUCGACCUUCAAGAAGGGAAACUGAUCAAACACAUACGAUCUGACUUUGCCCCCAAAACGGAUAAAGUCCACCGACACGCAAGUUCCUUGUACAAGCGUCGAGAUUUAGCUCUGCGGUUGGCCGAGAGUCCAAGAGUGCCUGCUGUGUCAACGAGUUUGAAAUUCAGCGAUUGUGCUUUGGUUGGCACAACACACGUACUUAUCCUGUCCAAAGAUCGCUUAUAUCUCAAGUUGGCUUCCCUUGAAACUGGAGAACUUGUAGCGAAGCUUAAAAGUGGUCUAAACGCUAUCAUCGAAACAGUGAUGGUCAGCGGCAACGGCUUGGUUGCAGUGUGCUCAUGUGAGAAUGCUCCACUUAUAGUCUGGGACCUGAGAGACAAAGCCAAGCGGUACACGUUACAAAUCAGUGGUCACUACCCAAGUUUGACAACUGCUGACAUAAGCUACAAUGGCCAUUACUUAGUUGACGUUAGCAAGUUAGACAAGACACGAAAAUCUGUGGUUACGUGGGACCUGGAGACGGGUAAGGUCAAACACGUCAUUGGCCAGGGGAUGAAUGUCUGGAAUGUGGCAGUGUCCUCCCUGAGCAUGCGUAUGCUAGUGGCUGGAAGACUUGGCACCAACGAGACCUUGCGGGUGUACGACUUGGUCACCGGUAAAUUUUACCACCAACUGAACGGCCACACGGAACCUGUCAAAGGUGUUUGCUUGUCUAAAGAUGGGAAACGAGCCUUGGCGUACGUUCCUCUUGGCGUUCGUGAUCGCACUGUUCGCAUAUGGGACCUUAUAUCUGGCACUCUUCUUGCCUGCUUCACUCCAGACCUUCCCGUUUCCAGCUGCAUCCUGACGGAUGAUGGAGAUCAGGUUGCCAUGGUAAUUAACAAAUCCCGUCCAAUCGUAUCACUGGCCUUGUCGCACGAGGUUGGGUCACGUGAGUUGUCUGUUGACGUUUCAAAUCCUUACUUCAGCCACCCCACCCUGCAUGGAGCCGUGUUUGAUAUGAGUGACGAGCUCAAAUGGAAUGAUGAGGAUGAUGAUGGUGACAGUGACAAUGAAACAGAAGUUAAUGUUUGAAUCUGCUCGUUGUCUAACGAUAAAAUGCCAGCAAAUGUGUGGGUGUAAUUACUUAGUAUGAUUAGGUGCUUAAAUUUUGAACCAAUAUGAAUUUUUUAACGCGUAGAUGCUAGUUGGGUCAUAAGAGAGGCUUGAACUUAUCGAAAUCUAAUCAUUUCUGUACCAUUCAGGGAGUAACUUUUUUUUAAAUUCCGCAGUGAACCUUUUUUAAACCGAUUUUAUUACAAUCGUUUUAUAAUGAAUUUCCUUCAAAAUUGUUUUGCGUGUUAUAGCAGAUUCGCAAGUGAUAUUUUUCAAGGGAUUAAGAAUAGAUGAUUGCCAUCUUUGAUAUGAUAAGUGAAGAACAUGGCCAUUUUGGUUGCAUAAUCCAAACGCAGUACAUAGACAAAGAGAUAUUUAUCAUAGGAAUACAUGUAGAUAGUUUAAGUAACACACAUCUAAAAACGUUUUCUCUCUUUAAAAGAAUUGUCUUAUGAUAAGUCAUUGACAAUUUUAGGAAUAGUUAGUGGAAUGCAUGAAGUUAAUGAAGGAAAGACUUCACAAUUUGUCGGUACAAAAAGCGAUAACAAAAAGAUGGUCUACUUGGUUUUGUAGUUACGUCUGUUAUUAUCCAUCUAACACACUUUGAACACCUUUUACAGCUUCUGUGGUAACACUUAAGAAAUAUUUUGGUUCUUUUAGCUUUUAAAUCUCCGUGUUCCUCGAUGAAAAUUACAUAUAAUAGGGCUGGAUUUAUAUUUUUAAGUAUAAUAAAGUAUACGGAUCUUUUUAGUAUAGGUAAUAACAUGAUUUUUUUUGCGUGCAAUUUGGUAUUACUAAGCGCGAGUAAAUAAAAUUGGGCGAGUGCGAUUUGUAAUAAUUUACAUGAAAAAAGCAUCACAGAAAGUAAAGAAAAAAGGAAUUUUGACCGCUAUUUAUGAGUUCCACUCGUGUUACAACUUCGCAUUCAUGUUACAUGAAAAAUGCACUCAUUUUUAGCUAAUCAGAUGCGCGUAACUCUUUCAAGUAUACUAUUGGUCCUUUGAUUUAUAUUGACUUUUGUGAAAUUGAUUUUUAAAGAACAAGAGAAUUAUUUCCCAUGAAAGAACACGUAAUUUGGUGAUUCAA